AUGCCUUGGGUACGCCCGGCUAACGUGCCGUAUCCGAAUGUGUGGUGGACAUUCGAUGCUGCUGAUCCGGAUCGGGAUGACGGUGCGCUAGCCACGUACAGAGUGGAGGAUUUGACCGAGGAUCGCUUUGAAGAUGCGAUCAAGCUGUACACGGAAAACUUUCUGGAUGAUGAGCCUCUUUGCGCUUACGGCCAGGUUCGCCACGAUCCAUUGUCGUAUGAAGAAAUUGUUAAAUUCUGGAGGUAUUGCUUUGACGAGCGAAUGACCGUGGUAUGUUACAAGGAAGGCUCAAAGGAGCUGGUAGGCGCGAAUCUUCUGGCGGUGAAAACGGCGGACGAAAAGUUGGACUUGGCGACGUUGAUAAAAUCGCCAAGGAUGAAAAAGUUGGUAGCAGUCAAUGAAUAUAUGACCGACACUGUGAACCUCUUCGAGCGCUACAGUGUUGAUAAAUACCUGACGGCGUAUGGUUUAAGCGUGAACAGCCGCUAUCGAGGCCGUGGGAUAGCCACAGAAAUACUCAAAGCCCGUGUACCGAUUUGCAGAGCGUUUAACUUGCGGUUGACGAGCACUAAUUUCACCGCCAUCGGAUCUCAGAUACCUGCGGCAAAAAUAGGAUUUGAAACGGACUUGGAAAUGCCGUAUGACCAAUUCGUGACGAUCAAUCCGGAGUACACAUUUCACGGAAUUAAAAGUAAAAGUCUCAAACUGAUGAGCUUGACAGUGAAAUGAUGGCUUUUGUGGUCGCAUUUGUGAAGUGAAAAUGUAGUAGAAAUGUGAAUCUGCGUUAG